AGGUAACCGAGCAUUGGGACAACUGUUGUCGGUUUAGCAGGGGUCCAAUCUGCGCAGGCUCGCAUAACCAUACCAAGUCCGAUACUGAUAUUGAGGUACCCAUCACCAAAGAGACCAACACCUGCCACCAGCAGAAACUUCAAGUUGGAGAAGUAAGACUUCGUGUCGAGCAUUGUGAGUUCUGUUGAUGUCGAAUCGUGUAGACUGUUCGAUGUCGUUGCUGUCUUUGCUUGAGCUCGUUAGUGCCUGGCCGAGUAACAAGUCACAUCUUCCAAGACUGAUAUGCCUUAAUAUACAUGUCUCCAAGCUACACGCAAAGCUGAUCUGGCAAGUAGCCCAGCCUUACUGGACGUCGGUCCAGCACCGUAGUCGAUAUAGCGACACGGAUUUAUGGCUGCACUAAAGAAUAGACCCAUCAGACGAAUUGAGAGUACUGAUCCUCACCACGUGCAAAUGUCGUUCCUGGAUCGAGAUCGCCUAGACGUUCGACAACAAAACGUCAAACCCAUGUGGUCGUCUUUUUGGCGCGGCACGAACGCCGCAGACAGACUAAAACCCUUCCCGACCUCAUUUUGCAUACCGGAGGGAGACCGAAUAUCAAAAGGAGGAAAUGAUUGUGGAAAAACUCCCUGGUCGAAACCUGUG